UAUAAAAAAAUUAAUAUUUCCAAUCUUCAUAUGUUGUCCGCCUCCAACCAUCCAAUUUCAAACCCUAAUUUCUCAUAGAGAACAACAAUCAAUCCCAAAAAUGUUGAGACACGCUUCUAAGAGAAUCACAGGGUCAGGAUUAGCCCCGAGACGGUGGUCUUCACCGGCGGCGAACCGGUUUUAUCACGAGAGGGUUGUGAACAAGUAAAUUCUCUAAAUCUUUGAUGUUUGAAGGGAGAAGAGGCCUCCAUGGAAGGGUAAGUGUUCCAGUUAUGUUCUUGCAGAGACGGUAAUGACAGUGCACAAGCCAUCAAUGCACAGACGGUCACCAACUUUGGUGAUAAAAUUUAACCCGGAAUGCAUGAAUAACCCGGAAUUUCGAGUGGUGGUGUUUGUUUUGUCAUCUGGAUUGUCGCAGUUGCACAUGGAAGUUCUCUUUUUUGGUUCUUCACCAAAUUGAAUAUUUUUCAAUAUGGAACCUCAAAACAUAACCAUGUUGAACAAUCUCAAUCCUUUGUCAAACAACUAUACGCUAAAGUUAAAGAUCGUUUCCCUUUGGAGGAAAAUGAUGCAUGGCUGUCCGACUGAAACUUAUCAUGUCGACAUGAUAUGCAUGGAUGAAGAGGGUCACCAGAUUCAGGCUAGCUGUAUGCAUAGGAUUUUGCCAAGUCUUCAGGACCACUUCAAGCUGGAUGAAUGUCUUCUGAUAACCAGACCAUCACUUGCACCCAACAAUUCAACCUACAACUACAUCAAAAAUAAUCAGAAGUUAACUUUCAGUUUUUUCACCCAGAUUCAAAAAAGUCAAGAUUGGAACGGGCCUAAGUAUAACUUUAGUUUUGUGAAUUUCAAGGACGUUGUCCAAAAUCGAAUUGAAGUUAAUACCACUGUUGACUUUAUAGGAUAUGUUGAGGUUUGUUUCAAUCUAGAAGACACCACUAAAAAGGAUGGUACGAAAGGGAAGAGAUUGAAUGUUAAGCUUAAAGAUCUUGAGAACCAGCAGAUUAUUGGUACACUGUGGGAUGAAUUUGCAAUUCGGAUGCAUGCCCACUUCAAUGCUGAAAACCGAGAGAAGUAUGUUGUGAUGGUUGUUCAUUUCGAUAUGUUGUUAAUCUUUAAAAGAGAUUUUUGGCAACUUAUGAUAUAUAAUUUUUGCUUUCUUUCCGUUGACUUUUAACUUUCGUCCUGUUAUAUUAAUGUUACCUGUUGGUUUAUU